GCGUGGCACUGGCACGUCGGCUGCAGGCUGAGGCCGGGCGGGCGGAGCUGGAGCGGCGGUGGUGGCUGCGGAGCGGUCGGAGGAGCGAGGCCAGAGCCAAGGCUAGAGCCGGAGCUGCGGCUGCGGGCCACUCGGGGCGGCGGGCGGCGGCGCUGGCGGCGGGGGCCGGGCGCUGGGGCCCGGAGACGGCAGAAGCGGCCAUGGCCGAGAGCAUCAUAAUCCGUGUCCAAUCACCAGAGGGGGUAAAGCGGAUCACUGCAACAAAGAGAGAAACAGCUGCAACAUUUUUGAAAAAGGUUGCAAAGGAGUUUGGCUUCCAGAAUAAUGGUUUCUCAGUUUACAUCAAUAGAAACAAGACAGGAGAGAUAACAGCAUCACCAAACAAAUCCCUUAACCUGUUAAAAAUUAAACAUGGCGAUUUGUUGUUCCUGUUUCCCUCGAGCCUUGCUGGACCCUCAUCUGACAUGGAAACUUCUUCCACACAAGCAUUACGUGCUUGGGGAGCUCCCAAUGUGGUAGAAGAUGAGAUUGAUCAAUACCUUAGUAAGCAGGAUGGGAAGAUUUACAGGAAUCGAGAUCCACAACUUUGCCGACAUGGUCCUUUGGGGAAAUGUGUGCACUGUGUACCUCUCGAGCCAUUUGAUGAAGAUUACUUGAACCAUCUUGAACCUCCUGUGAAGCAUAUGUCCUUCCAUGCCUACAUUCGAAAACUGACCGGAGGGGCUGAUAAGGGGAAAUUUGUUGCCCUGGAGAAUAUCAGCUGCAAGAUUAAAUCUGGUUGUGAGGGACAUCUUCCAUGGCCUAAUGGCAUUUGUACCAAGUGCCAGCCAAGUGCUAUCACACUGAACAGACAGAAAUAUCGGCAUGUAGACAACAUCAUGUUUGAGAAUCACACGGUUGCUGAUCGUUUCCUUGACUUCUGGAGAAAGACUGGGAACCAGCAUUUUGGGUACUUGUAUGGACGGUAUACAGAGCAUAAAGACAUUCCUCUUGGCAUUAGGGCUGAGGUUGCUGCCAUUUAUGAACCCCCUCAGAUCGGUACACAGAACAGCCUGGAGCUCCUUGAAGACCCCAAAGCUGAAGUAGUAGAUGAGAUUGCUGCCAAACUUGGCCUAAGAAAGGUUGGCUGGAUAUUUACAGACCUGGUCUCAGAAGAUACCCGAAAAGGCACUGUCCGAUAUAGCCGAAACAAGGACACAUAUUUUCUGAGUGCAGAAGAAUGUAUAACUGCAGGAAAUUUCCAGAACAAGCAUCCCAAUAUAUGUCGGCUUUCCCCAGAUGGUCAUUUUGGAUCGAAGUUUGUAACCGCGGUAGCUACAGGUGGUCCAGACAACCAAGUUCAUUUUGAGGGUUACCAGGUAUCUAAUCAGUGCAUGGCAUUGGUUCGGGAUGAGUGCUUAUUGCCAUGUCGAGAUGCACCUGAGUUGGGUUAUGCCAAGGAAUCCAGCAGUGAGCAAUAUGUGCCUGAUGUGUUCUAUAAGGACAUAGAUAAGUUUGGUAAUGAGAUCACUCAGCUGGCCCGCCCCCUCCCGGUGGAAUAUCUGAUCAUAGAUAUCACGACGACUUUCCCCAAGGAUCCAGUUUAUACUUUUUCUAUUUCACAAAAUCCAUUCCCUAUUGAGAACCGAGAUGUCCUAGGCGAGACACAGGAUUUUCAUAGUUUGGCUACAUAUCUGUCUCAGAACACCUCCUCCAUUUUCCUAGACAUCAUCUCAGAUUUCCAUCUGCUCCUCUUUCUGGUCACCAAUGAAGUCAUGCCUCUUCAGGACAGCAUUAGCCUAUUGCUGGAGGCUGUGAGGACUAGGAAUGAGGAGCUAGCACAGACUUGGAAGAAAUCUGAGCAGUGGGCCACCAUUGAACAGCUCUGCAGUACAGUUGGUGUCCAGCUUCCAGGAAUGCAUGAAUAUGGUGCCAUCGGGGGUCCAACACAUGCCACCUCCUCUGCAAUGUGGGCUUGUCAACACUGCACCUUCAUGAACCAACCAGGCACGGACCACUGCGAGAUGUGUAGCCUCCCCAGGACCUAACACUCCCCACCAUCCUCCUGGGCAAACCUGGGGACCAGACUUACAGCCCUCUUAGAAGCCAGGAUCAUUUCUCAUGAUUCUUCCCCUGUAAUGAUGCCCCAAUGGUGGGCAGACCUGAAGAAGGGGAAAAGGCUACCCAUGGGUCUCUGCGACCCACAGAAGCAUCUUGGCACUGUUCUUUCCAGAGGGUACCCACUAGAUAGAGGGAUCCAAGGCUGGGUUUUCUGCCAGGCUGAAUUUAAUCUCAAAACUGGAAAUCCCAAAACUAUCCCCAAUGCAAGAAAGUCAGACAUUUAACCUCAGUUUACAGUUUUGCAAUUUGUAUUUGAUAAGAACUAUGCCCUUCUGUGUCCCCUGGAAUUUGCUUUUCCUGCAGCCUUCCCCUUUCCUUUUGCAAUUUUCUCAUUUUUUUAAUGCUCUUGCCCUUUCCACUUCCUCCACUCCUAGUCCCCUUUAAAAACCAUAUUGGCCCUCUGCCCUGUCCUUUGUUUUCUACUCCAUUACCAGGUAUUGGAUGCCUUCUGACAGUGGCGGCUGCUUUUUUCCCCUCUUCAGCUUGGCCAGUUAUCUGGUUAGAAUGAAAACCAGAAGGGUCAGAUGAGCUGUGUCUUGGGACAGGGGGCUUCCCUUGUUGAUUUGCAUGAUUUUUCCCCCUUUUCACCUCAUUCUUCCUCUCACCAGACUAGGAGGUGAGAUUUAAAGAUCUACAUUGGUUAUAAUGACAGCAAUUUGUAAUUCUUUCCUACAGGCCUUUUUAGUUUGUUUUUAUUCUUAAAGAGAAAAAUACUGCACAAAAGGGGAGUGAGAGGCUACUUUCCACUUCCCUUUCCUUCUCCCUUCUCAAGCUUUCACCUUAAUCAAUCCCUUUUGGGGUGUGUGUUUGUGGAUGGGUGUGUACGUAGAUAAGUGUGGAUCCACAGUUAGCUAUCCUUUGAAGUAAACCUCAGUGCCUGAGUCUUUCCACCAAGCUACACAGUAAGGACAUUUUUAAAAGCUGAAGGUCUAGAGGGGGGGGAACUGAAGAAUGAGCUGCAUCCAGGCAAGUGGAACACUGGAGCUGAGCACUGGAGUUGGGCUAUUUUAGUUUUGUUUUGCUUUUUAAAUUUUUAAUUAAUGCCAUAGUCCCCUGGGUCUAGCAGAGGUAAGCUCAGCUCAACCGCAGUAUUAAGUAUUGUGUUCCCACCCACCACCUUCUUUCCUCUUCCUACUUCCUGAGCCCUGGGUCUUCUGAUUCACUGGUAUGUCAACUGUGGCAAUCCCAGGAGGGAAUUUAGGGUUCUGCUAAGUGUGAGGUCUGUGCAAGGACCCCUGAGAAGGCAGCCAAGGAAAUAGAGAAUGACAGCUACAGGGAAAAAACAGAGGGCCUAAUGGGUUCCCUAGCAUUUAUUUACUGGCCUAAACUGCCUGCAGGUGAGUAAGAACAUCAUAACGCAACACCUCAUGGAAAUUCUUUAGAAUUUCCCUCAUAUUGAGCCAACUGGCCUGGGCACCUUGUUACUAUUUUGUCUUGAUGCCAAAUGCAAACUAUCCUCAGCCAUUUAGUAUAAAGGAAAAGGGCACAGCUGCUAGAAUGCUUCUAUCACUUUUACACAUCAUGAUAUUUCUUGCAUAUGCUGAACCCUCUUUUCCUCUUGGGUUCUAGAGAGAAUGUUUGCAUCUGCUAGUUUGCAUGUUGACUUCUGAUGGUAUCAGAAAGCUCAGUGUAAGCUUUGGCUGAUAUAUUUGGGCAGAACUGGCUAGUGGCAUUAGUGGUUUUCCUGGCCAAGGGUUUGCCUGGCCUGUAACUUCCUUCAGGGGCAUGUGGUACUAUUGCAUAAGAACGAUUGGAGCAUGAAAUCCUGCACAGGGGAGCACCUCUCCAAGGUAAUCUAUUCUAGAGCUAUUGAAAAUGGUUUUGGGGACUGACUUUUUAUUUAGAAUAGUAAAUAUCCUGAUUAGUUCAGACAUGCAUCUAGUUCAUAAUCUUCCAUUUGUGCAUACACUGAAAUCAUUCAUUUUCAACCAAGUAGAGACUUAACCUUGUUUCUGAGACAUAAUAUCACAAAUGUAGCAUCAGAUCACAAGAAGAAAAGGCCUAGGCUCCUCCUCUGCUUGCUCUAGUCUCCUUUAUUUGCUGCUUUUGUUUCACUUUACUUUCAACCAUUAUUUUUUCCCUCUGAGAAAUUCUGGCAUUCACACAACUUUCUUUGUCCUUUUUAUUUUAUUUUUGUUUUGGUUUAACUGCCUUAGUUCAACAAUGGACUUUGUGCCAUUAUCCAAAGAAAGCCAGUGAGGGCUUAAUGAAGCUAUACAUAGAGCAGUGGGGUUGGUAGGAGGGCCAGGCUUCUGACCAGAUCCUGGUCACUUCCUCCAACCCCACUGAUUAAUCUGAAGGGACAAUUUGCCUUCCUAAAUGCAGAAAGCCUGAACUGAUCUUGCUUCUCCUACUUAUAGUAUAGACCAUUUUCCCUUUGUUGUCCCAGCCAGCACAUCUCCCUCAAUGUAGCCCAUUGCAAUUUCUACACUAGAAGAGUAAUGGUCCACAAACCAGGAAGGUGGUGACUGAUAGGGCUCAGGGUAGAAGGGCUCAUGCAGGCAGGUGCAGCAGCCUUUUUUGACAAGAAAGAUGUUGAUCUUUUCUUAGCCCACCUCUCUUCUCCCCUUACAGUUUUCAUAACUAAAAACUGGCUCUCUGGGGGUGUUGGUGCUCCAGCUUUGCCUGUUUGCAGAUGUGCAUUUGUUGGAUUUGGAUUGGAGUUCUCUUAAUUACAGCCCUGUAAGUGAAAUCUAAUAAAAGUACCUGAAAUGACUCACUGGA